AUGACAGAGCGAGUAUUGAAAAGUAACUUAGACUCGAGCAUAAGUCCUUAUAAUCGGUACGGUGGAGUGAAUAGAACGAAGGUAGCAAAGAAUGCACCGAAGAAUUUAAAAAAGAAUGGAACACUCAGGGGAAAAAAGCGAUCAAAGAAUGGUUGCCUCAGUUGCAAGAAACUUCGAAUCAAAUGUGAUGAGAGUAAGCCGAGAUGUGAAUAUUGUGUUCAUACAAGUCGGGAGUGUGUAUAUCCUGUGGAGGAGGUAGCGAGAAUAGAAGAUGGAUCCAAGGAUACGAUAGAUAUAAAUGGCACAAUAAAUACGAAGGAUACGAGGUUGGAAACGGUGCAAACGAAAUGGCAGAUGGUAGAAGAGGAACAGGAUCCAGCCAAGACAUUUGGAGGGCUUACAUGUGAACUUAUGUUGAAUUCGUCUACCAAAUUGUUGAAUAUAUCGACAUUUGAAUUGAGGUUGUUGAACUUCUUCAACGCCUAUUGUAUACCGUUAAUUUCGUUUGGAGUCAACAUGAGGGCGGACAGAACCUGGCGUACACAGGUGCCCAAGUUGUUCUUGCAGUCCGACUUGGUACGCCAGUCCAUCUUUCUGUUCAGUAGCAUUAAUUUAUGGCCAUUGUGUGAUUUUGAAAAGCUUAUAGAUGUUGACACGGACCACGCUGUGCGGAGGGACAUGGAGCGAAUGGGCAACGUAGUGAACUAUAAAUUGCUCACAGAAAGUUUGAGUUUGGAAAAACCAGAGCAGGACCCUAGUAAUAAUCUAUUUCUUAAAACGAGCAAAUAUUUCAUGAAUACUCUCAAGCAUACGGGAAACAUCAUUGAUAGAACCACUACUGAUGUUGAACCUGAAAUAGAUGAAAUAACGGCGUCGGAACUACUGGUUUCUGGAAUCUUAAUUUUUUCAUUUUUGGGUAUUCAUCCACAUAGACUUGUGCCGUUGGUGUCAUUUGACCACGAAAUUGAAACUGACUUUCUUUCGAUCGUAAGAGGUGUCAGGAAUGCGAUCAAAGUCAGUUACAAAGCAUUGGCAACUUCUGAUUAUUUUGGUAUUUUACCGUUGAUUAAUAGUUCAAUCGAGUCAAAUCCGAUAACGAGAUCAUUGCGGAGCCAACUCUCUGAAUAUUACGAUGACCAAGUGAAGACGUCAAUAACGAGCGAUAACUUUGCUACGCUACAGAAUUCUAUAGCAAGUUUGGAAUUGCAUAUGUCUAAAACGAUUUUUUUGAAUUAUCCAGUGCCAUUGUUUGCUUGGAUUCUUUUGAUUCCAGACGAUCUUCAUGAAUUGAUCAGGGCAAAGCACUUCUUUGCGUUGAGGAUGCUUUAUGUUUUUGCUUGUUUAUGCUGCGUAACAAAAUUUCAACUAUAUGACAGUAAAAAUAUUUGGAAUGAUUAUAUUUUCUGGUUCAAAGAUUAUAACUUCCAAUGUUUUAAUGGAACCUGGAAUUCUGAAUUCGAUGAAAAACUAUAUCGUGUCAUCUUUGAACGAAAAUUCAGGAUUCCAAACAACUCAUUCCAUUUAUUAGGAAAGUUUGAUCCUAAUUCAUUUUUCGAGUAA